CCCGGGCAGGUGAAGCUGGUGAACAUCCGCAACGAUGACAUUGCCGACGGCAACCCCAAGCUCACGCUGGGCCUCAUCUGGACCAUUAUCCUCCACUUCCAGAUCUCGGACAUCCAGGUGAGCGGGCAGUCAGAGGACAUGACGGCCAAGGAGAAGCUGCUGCUCUGGUCGCAGCGCAUGGUGGAGGACUACCAGGGUCUGCGCUGCGACAACUUCACUACCAGCUGGCGCGACGGCCGCCUCUUCAACGCCAUCAUCCAUCGCCACAAGCCCAUGCUUAUCGACAUGAACAAGGUGUACCGCCAGACCAACCUGGAGAACCUGGACCAGGCCUUCAACGUGGCCGAGCGGGACCUGGGCGUCACCCGCCUGCUGGACCCUGAAGACGUGGACGUGCCGCAGCCGGACGAGAAGUCCAUCAUCACCUACGUCUCGUCGCUGUACGACGCCAUGCCCCGUGUGCCCGACGUGCAGGAUGGCGUCAAGGCCAACGAGCUGCAGCUGCGCUGGCAGGAGUACUAUGAGGUGGUGACGCUGCUGCUGCAGUGGAUUCGCCAUCACACUGUCCUCUUCGAGGAGCGCAAGGUCCCCGCCAGCUACGAGGAGAUCGAGAUCCUAUGGCGCCAGUUCCUGAAGUUCAAGGAGACGGAGCUCCCGGCCAAGGAGGCCGACAAGAACCGCUCCAAGCUCAUCUACCAGUCGCUGGAGGCCGCGGUGCAGUCGGGGCAGCUGAAGGUGCCGCCGGGCUACCACCCACUGGACGUGGAGAAGGAGUGGGGCAAGCUGCAUGUCGCCAUCCUGCAGAUGUCCCGCAGGGUGUACCGCCUGCACGAGCGCCUGGUGGCCAUCCGCACCGAGUACAACCUGCGCCUCAAGUCGGGCGCGCCGGCCAUGUCGCAGACCACCGUGGUGCUGACCCAGCGCGCGCGCCCGGAGCUGGACGACGUCACGCUGCGCUACCUGCAGGACCUGCUGGCCUGGGUGGAGGAGAACCAGCGCCGCGUGGACGGGGCCGAGUGGGGUGUGGACCUGCCCACGGUGGAGUCGCAGCUGGGCAGCCACCGCGGCCUGCACCAGUCUGUCGAGGAGGUUCGCGCCAAGAUCGAGCCGCGGCUGACCGCCUGUCCCGCCCCGCAGUUCUUCUCCGACGUGAAGGAGGCCGAGGAGUUCCUGAGGAAGAUGCAGGACGGCAUGAGGAAGAAGUUCUCGUGCGACCGCACCGUCACCGUGACGCGCCUCGAGGACCUGCUCAAGGACUCGCUCGACGAGAAGGAACAGCUGGCCGAGUACAAGGGGCAGCUGGCCGGGCUGGCCAAGCGGGCCAAGGCCAUCGUGCAGCUCAAGCCCCGCAGCCCCAGCACCCCGGUGCGGGGCCAGCUGCCCGUCCAGGCCGUCUGCGACUACAAGCAGAUGGAGAUCACAGUGCACAAGGGGGACGAGUGCGCCCUGCUCAGCAACGCGCAGCCCGAGAAGUGGAAGGUGCUGAGCCCGGGUGGCACCGAGGCCGUGGUGCCGUCCGUCUGCUUCCUCGUCCCGCCGCCCAACAAGGAGGCGCUGGACGCCGUCAACAGGCUCGAUGUCACCCACCACCAGCUGCUGACGCUGUGGCACCACCUGCACGUGGACAUGAAGAGCCUUCUGUCCUGGCAGUACCUGGUCCGUGACAUCCAGCAGAUCCAGUCCUGGUCCCAGAUCACGUUCCGGACCAUGUCGGUGGAGGAGCAGCGCCAGGUCCUGCGCAGCCUGGAGACGCACUACCAGGACUUCCUGCGGGACAGCCGGGACGCCCCCAGCUUCCCACCCGAAGACCGGCAGCUGGUGGAGCAGCAAUACAGCACCUGCACCAACAAGUACCAGCUGUUCCUGCGCGGCCUGGAGAAAGGGGAGCAGGACGAGUCACUGUGCAAGAGCUACAUCUCGCAGCUGAAGGACAUCCGGCUGCAGCUGGAGGGCUGCGAGUCCCGCACCAUCCACCGCAUCCGCCUGCCCCUCGAGAAGGACCCAGCCAAGGAGUGCGCCCAGCGCAUGAGCGAGCAGCAGCAAAUCCACCUGGAGCUGGAGGGCAUCCGCAAGAACCUGGACCAGGUGAGCGAGCGGACGGAGAAGGUGCUGGCCCAGCCGGAGCAGGCCAGCUCGGCCCCCGUCCUGCGCUCAGAGCUGGAUGUCACGCUGCAGAAGAUGGACCAGGUCCACAGCCUCUCCAGCAUCUACCUGGAGAAGCUGAAGACCGUCAACCUGGUGAUCCGCAGCACGCAGGGGGCUGAGGAUCUGGUUCGCAAGUACGAGGAGCAGCUGAAGGACGUGCAGACUGUGCCCGCCGACCUCAAGGAGCUGGAGGCCAGCAAAGCUGAGCUGAAGCGGCUGCGGGCGCAAGUGGAGGGGCACCAGCCCCUGUUCAGCACCCUGGAGUCAGAUCUGAACAAGGCCAAGGACGUCAACGAGCGCAUGCUGCGGGGCCACAGCGAGCGGGACGUGGACCUGGACCGGUACCGGGAGCGCAUCCAGCAGCUGCUGGAGCGCUGGCAGGCCAUCCUGGCCCAGAUCGACGUGCGCCAGCGCGAGCUGGACCAGCUGGGCCGGCAGCUGCGCUACUACCGCGAGAGCUACGACUGGCUCAUGCACUGGAUCCAGGACGCCAGGCAGCGGCAGGAGCAGAUCCAGUCCGUGCCCGUCACGGACAGCAAAGCCGUCCGCGAGCAGCUGCUUCAGGAGAAGAAACUCUUGGAGGAGAGCGACCAGAACCGGGAGAAGGUGGACGAGUGCCAGCGCUUCGCCAAGCAGUACAUCGACGCCAUCAAGGAUUAUGAGCUGCAGCUGGUGACCUACAAGGCCCAGGUGGAGCCCGUGGCUUCUCCAGCCAAGAAGCCCAAAGUGCAGUCUGCGUCCGACAGCAUCAUCCAGGAGUAUGUGGACAUGCGGACGCGCUACAGCGAGCUGACCACGCUCACCAGCCAGUACAUCAAGUUCAUCACCGAGACGCUGCGACGGCUGGAGGAGGAGGAGAAGGCGGCCGAGAAGCUGAAGGAGGAGGAGCGGAGGCGGCUGGCGGAGGUGGAGGCACAGCUGGAGAAGCAGAAGCAGCUGGCCGAGGCCCACGCCAAGGCCAAGGCGCAGGCAGAGAAGGAGGCGCGGGAGCUGCAGCGCCGCAUGCAGGAGGAGGUGACGCGGCGGGAGGUGGUGGCCGUGGACGCCGAGCACCAGAAGCAAAACAUCCAGCAGGAGCUGACGCAGCUCAAGCAGAACUCGGACCAGCAGAUCCGGUCCAAGGUGAAGCUGAUCGAGGAGGCCGAGCACAGCCGGCAGCGGGUGGAGGAGGAGAUCCGCCUCAUCCGCCUGCAGCUGGACAGCACGGAGCGGCAGCGGGCCGGCGCCGAGACCGAGCUGCAGGCGCUGCGGGCCCAGGCCGAGGAGGCCGAGCGGCAGAAGCGGCAGGCGCAGGAGGAGGCCGAGCGCCUGCGCAAGCAGGUGAAGGAUGAGACGCAGAAGAAGCGGGAGGCGGAGGAGGAGCUGCGGCGCAAGGUGCAGGCCGAGGAGGCCGCGGCCCGCGAGAAGCAGCGAGCCAGGGCCGACCUGGAGCAGCUGCGGCUGCAGGCGGAGGAGGCCGAGCGGCGCAUGCGGCAGGCGGAGCUGGAGAAGGAGCGGCAGAUCCAGGUGGCGCAGGACGUGGCGCAGAAGAGCGCCGCGGCCGAGCUGCAGAGCAAGCGCCUGAGCUUCGCCGAGAAGACGGCGCAGCUGGAGAUGUCGCUGCAGCAGGAGCACAGCGUCGUGACCCAGCUGCAGGAGGAGGCCGAGCACCUCAAGCGGCAGCAGCUGGACGCCGAGCGCAGCCGCGAGGAGGCGGAGAAGGAGCUGGAGAAGUGGCGGCAGAAGGCCAACGAGGCGCUGCGGCUGCGGCUGCAGGCCGAGGAGGUGGCGCACAAGAAGGCGCUGGCGCAGGAGGAGGCCGAGAAGCAGAAGGAGGACGCGGAGCGCGAGGCGCGCCGGCGGGCCAAGGCGGAGGAGUCGGCCCUGCGGCAGAAGGAGCAGGCCGAGGAGGAGCUGGACAAGCAGCGCAAGCUGGCCGAGGGCACGGCCCAGCAGAAGCUGCUGGCCGAGCAGGAGCUGAUCCGGCUGAAGGCCGAGAUGGAGAACGGGGAGCAGCAGCGCCUGCUCCUGGAGGAGGAGCUGUCCCGCCUCAAGGCCGAGGUGGGCCAGGCGCUGCAGCGGCGCCAGGAGCUGGAGGAGGAGCUGGCCAAGCUGCGGGCCGAGAUGGAGGUGCUGCUGCGGAGCAAGGCCAAGGCCGAGGAGGAGUCCCGCUCCUCCAGCCAGGAGUCCAAGACGCUGCGGCAGAAGGCGCAGGUGGAGCAGGAGCUGGCCAAGGUCAAGCUGCAGCUGGAGGAGACGGACCACCAGAAGGGCAUCCUGGACGAGGAGCUGCAGCGGCUGAAGGAGGAGGUGAUGGAGGCCACGCGGCAGCGGGCGCAGGCGGAGGAGGAGCUGCUCAAGGUGCGGGUGCAGAUGGAGGAGCUGGUCAAGCUGAAGAACCGCAUCGAGCAGGAGAACAAGCUGCUGAUCCUCAAGGACAAGGACAACACGCAGAAGGUCCUGGCCGAGGAGGCCGAGAAGAUGCGGCAGGUGGCCGAGGAGGCCGCGCGCCUGAGCGUGGAGGCGCAGGAGGCCGCGCGCCUGCGGCAGCUGGCCGAGGAGGACCUGGCGCAGCAGCGGGCGCUGGCCGAGAAGAUGCUGAAGGAGAAGAUGCAGGCCGUGCAGGAGGCCACGCGGCUCCGGGCCGAGGCCGAGAUGCUGCAGAAGCAGAAGGACCUGGCGCAGGAGCACGCCAAGAAGCUGCAGGAGGACAAGGAGCAGAUGGAGCAGCGCCUGGUGGAGGAGACCGAGGGCUUCCAGAAGACCCUGGAGGCCGAGCGCCGGCGGCAGCUGGAGAUCUCGGCCGAGGCCGAGCGCCUCAAGCUGCACGUGACGGAGAUGGGCCUGGCCAAGGACAAGGCUGAGGAGGACGCCAAGCGCUUCCGCAGGCAGGCGGAGGAGAUCAGCGAGAAGCUGCACCAGACCGAGCUGGCUCCCCGCGAGAAGGUGACGCUGGUGCAGACGCUGGAGAUCCAGCGGCACCAGAGCGACCAGGAGGCCGACAAGCUGCGCAGAGCCAUCGCCGACCUGGAGCGGGAGAAGGAGAAGCUCAAGCAGGAGGCGGAGCAGCUGCAGCACCGCUCGGAAGAGAUGCAGCUGGCCCAGCGCGAGCAGCUCCGGCACGAGACGCAGGUCCUGCAGCAGACCUUCCUCACGGAGAAGGACACCCUGCUGCAGAAGGAGCAUUUCAUCGAGGAGGAGAAGGCCAAGCUGGAGAAGCUCUUCAAGGACGAGGUGGACAAGGCCCAGCAGCUGAAGGCCGAGCAGGAGCGGCAGCAGCGGCAGAUGGAGCAGGAGAAGCAGGAGCUGGGUGCCAGGCUGGACGCGGCCAAGAAGAAGCAGAAGGAGGCGGAGGAGAGCGUCCGCCGCAAGCAGGAGGAGCUGCAGCAGCUGGAGGCGCAGCGGCAGCAGCAGGAGAAGCUCCUGGAAGAAGAAAACAAGAAGCUGAGGGACAAACUGGAGCAGCUGCAAGAGGAGCACCGGCCGGCUCUGGCACAGACGCGGGAGAUCAUGAUCCAGACUGACGACCUCCCUGAGGAAACCCUGAUUUCGGUGACACCGGCGGCUCCGACCAAAGCCGUGCCGAAUGGCAGAGACGUCCUAGACGGGCUGGCCCCGAAUGGGGAGCCGGAGUUCGCCUUCGAAGGCAUCCGGCAGAAGGUGCCCGCAGAGAAGCUGGCAGAGGCUGGCAUCCUGAGCCAGGAGAGCUUGGACAAGCUGGUGCAGGGCACGGUGACGGUCGAAGAGCUCGCGCGGAGGGAUGACGUCAAGAGAUACCUGCGGGGCCAGAGCAGCGUUGCCGGCCUGCUCGUUAAACCCACCAACGAGAAGGUGAGCAUCUACGAGGCCAUGAAGAAAAAGUUUCUCAGCCCAGGCACAGCACUCAUCCUCCUGGAAGCUCAAGCUGCCUCCGGCUUCAUCAUCGACCCCGUGAGAAACAAGAGGCUGUCUGUAAACGAGGCUGUGAAAGAAGGAGUGAUCGGGCCGGAGCUGCACAAUAAAAUGCUGUCUGCCGAGAGGGCCGUGACCGGCUACCGUGACCCCUACACCGGAGACAAGAUCUCCCUCUUCCAGGCCAUGAAGAAAGACCUCAUCGUCAAAGACCACGGCAUCCGCCUGCUGGAAGCCCAGAUCGCCACCGGCGGCAUCAUCGACCCGGUGCACAGCCACCGCCUGCCCGUGGAAACUGCCUACAAGCGGGGCUACUUCGACCAAGAGAUGAACCAGGUCCUCACAGACCCCAGCGACGACACCAAGGGCUUCUUCGACCCCAACACCCAGGAGAACCUCACCUACAUGCAGCUGAUGGAGAGAUGCACGACCGACCCCGAGACCGGCCUCUGCCUCUUGCCCCUGACCGACCAAGCGGCCAAGGGGCGGGAGCUGGCUUACACCGAUAAGGAAGCCAAGGAUGUCUUCAAGAAAGCCACCGUGUCGGCGCCCUUCGGCAGGUUCCAGGGGAAGAUGGUGACCAUCUGGGAGAUCAUCAACUCCGAGUACUUCACCGAGGAGCAGCGCCGCAACCUGAUCCAGCAGUACAGGACUGGCAAGAUCACCGUGGAGAAGAUCAUCAAGAUCGUCAUCACCGUGGUGGAGGAGGGCGAGAAGAAGAGCCAGCUGUGCUUCGAAGGGCUCCGGGCCCCCGUGCCAGCGGCCGAGCUGCUGGAGAGCAAGAUCAUCAACAAGGAUCUCUACAACGAGCUGCACCAGGGGAAGAAGGCUGUGAAGGACGUGGCGGACACGGACGCUGUCAGACGGUACCUGCGGGGCACCGACGCCAUCGCUGGUGUCCUGGUGGAGUCGACGGGCCAAAAGUUCACCUUCUACGAUGCCCUGAAGAAAAACCUGCUGAAGCCAGAGGUUGCCCUGCCGCUGCUGGAAGCCCAGGCAGGCAGCGGGUACAUCAUCGACCCCGUGAAGAACCAGAAGUUCACCGUGGAUGAGGCCGUGAAGGCCGGGACCGUGGGGCCCGAGUUCCACGAGAGGCUGCUGUCAGCGGAGAAGGCGGUGACGGGAUACAAGGAUCCAUACACCGGGCAGACUGUGUCCCUGUUCCAGGCGCUGAAGAAAGGCCUCAUCCCCAGCGAUCACGGCAUCCGCUUGCUGGAUGUUCAGCUCGCCACCGGCGGCAUUGUCGACCCCGUGAACAGCCACCGCCUCCCGCUCGACGUGGCUUCGAAGCGGGGCCACUUCAGCGAGGAGAUGAGCAAGACCCUGGCCACCCCCAGCAGCGACACCAAAGCCUUCUAUGACCCCAGCACCCAAGAAAGCCUCACCUACGCCCAGCUGCAGAAGAAGUGCUGGCAGGACAAGCAGACCGGCCUCUACCUGCUGCCCCUCUCUGACCAAGCCAUCCAGGCCCAGCAGGAGGAGGUCUACACGGACAGCCAGACCAAGGAGUCCUUCGACAAGGCAACCCUUGAGGUCCCAACGGGUGCCCUGAAGGGCAGGACUGUGACCAUUUGGGAGCUGAUCCACUCCGAGUACUUCACUGAGGAGCAACGGAGAGAGCUGCUCCGGCAGUACAAGACGGGCAAGGUCACUAUUGAGAAGAUCAUCAAGAUCAUGAUCACCAUCAUCAAGGAGACUGAGACCAAGAAGCAGGAGAAGCUGACCUUCAGUGGCCUCCGGGCACCCGUGCCUGCCAGCGAGCUGGUAGAGUCCCGGGUCCUCAGCAAAGCCCAGUACGAGCAGCUCAAGGAAGGCAAGAAGUCAGUGAAAGACCUCUCGGACACGGACGCGUUGAGGAGAUUCCUGCAGGGCAGCGACUGCAUCGCCGGCAUCUACGUGGAAGAGACCAAGGAGAAGCUGAACAUCUACGAGGCCAUGAAGAGGAACCUGCUGCGGCCAGGCACGGCCAUCACCCUCCUGGAGGCGCAGGCAGCCACCGGCUUCAUGAUCGACCCCGUAAGGAACCAGAAGCUGUACGUCAACGAGGCGGUGAAGGCAGGCAUCGUGGGUCCUGAGCUGCACGAGAAGCUGCUCUCCUCUGAGAAAGCGGUCACGGGGUACAAGGACCCCUACUCCGGGAACACCAUCUCUCUCUUCGAAGCCAUGAAGAAAGGCCUCAUCCUGAAGGACCACGGCAUCCGCCUGCUGGAGGCCCAGAUCGCCACCGGCGGCAUCAUCGACCCGGUGCACAGCCACCGCCUGCCCGUGGAGGUGGCCUACAAGCGGGGCUACUUUGACCAGGAGAUGAGCCAGAUCCUCUCGGACCCCGGCGACGACACCAAGGGCUUCUUCGACCCCAACACCCAGGAGAACCUCACCUACGCGCAGCUGAAGGAGCGGUGCAUUGAGGACCCCGAGACCGGCCUCAUCCUCUUCCCCCUGAAGAAGGCAGAGAUGCCCACCGUGGUGGAGAAGACCCAGAUCUACACCGAGGCAGAGACCCGGAAGGUGUUUGAGGACACGCAGGUCGACAUCCCCGUGGGCGACCUGGCAGGCUCGUCCAUGUCCCUGUGGGAGAUCAUGAACUCGGACCUCAUCCCCGAGGUGCAGCGCAAGCAGCUGCUCGAGGACUUCCGCUCUGGCAAGGUGACCAAGGAGCGCAUGAUCAUCAUCAUCAUCGAGAUCAUCGAGAAGACCGAGAUCAUCCGGCAGCAGGACUGGACCUCCUACGAUUACGUCCGGUGCCGCAUCACCGCCGACGAGCUCUACGAGGCCAGGAUCAUCUCCCUGGAGGUGUACAACCUGCUGAAGCAGGGCUCCAAAACCAUCCGGGAGAUCCUGGAGAUCGAGACCACCUGGAAAUACCUCUACGGGACGGGCUGCGUGGCUGGCAUCUACAUCCCCGCCACCAAGCAGAAGCUCACCGCCUACCAGGCCCUGAAGAAAGGGCUGAUCAGCACCGAGGUGGCCCGGUCCCUGCUGGAGGCCCAGGCUGCCACCGGCUUCGUGAUCGACCCCAUCAAGAAUGAAAUGCUGACCGUGGACGAAGCGGUUAGGAAAGGCGUGGUGGGGCCAGAAAUGCACGACCGGCUCCUGUCUGCAGAGAGGGCAGUGACCGGCUACCGAGACCCUUACAGCGAGCAGAAGAUCUCCCUCUUCCAGGCCAUGAAGAAGGACCUGAUCCCCGAGGAGGAAGCUCUCAAGCUGCUGGAUGCCCAGCUGGCCACGGGCGGCAUCAUAGACCCGCGCUAUGGCUUCCACCUGCCCUUGGAGGUCGCCUAUCAGCGCGGCUACCUGAACAAGGACACGCACGACAUGCUGUCCGAGCCCAGCGAGGUCUGCAGCUACGUGGACCCCUCCACGGAUGAGAAGCUCAGCUACACCCAGCUCCUGAAGCGCUGCAGGAAGGACGAGAACAACAACCUGCUGCUGCUGCCCCUCUGCGACACCCGCAAACUGACCUUCCGGGGCCUGAGGAAGCAGAUCUCGGUGGAGGAGCUGGUGCGGUCCCAGGUGAUGGACGAAGUCACGGCUCAGCGCCUCCAGCAAGGCCUGACUUCCGUCGAAGAGGUCUCCAAACACAUCAAGAAGUUCUUGGAGGGCACCAGCUGCAUCUCCGGGGUCUUUGUGGACUCCACCAAGGAGAGGCUGUCCGUGUACCAGGCCAUGAAGAAGGGCAUCAUCAGGCCGGGCACGGCUUUUGAGCUGCUGGAGGCACAGGCCGCCACGGGCUACGUGAUCGACCCCAUCAAGGGCCUCAAGCUGACCGUGGAAGAGGCUGUGCGCAUGGGCAUUGUGGGCCCAGAGUUCAAGGACAAGCUGCUGUCCGCCGAGAGGGCGGUGACCGGCUACAAAGACCCCUACUCCGGCAAGCUCAUCUCCCUCUUCCAAGCCAUGAAGAAGGGCUUGAUCCUGAAGGAUCACGGGAUUCGCUUGCUCGAGGCCCAGAUUGCAACAGGAGGCAUCAUUGACCCGGAGGAAAGCCAUCGACUGCCCGUAGAGAUGGCCUACAAGAGGGGCCUGUUUGAUGAGGAAAUGAAUGAGAUCCUGCUGGAUCCCAGCGACGACACCAAGGGCUUCUUUGACCCCAACACCGAGGAGAACCUGACCUACCUGCAGCUCAUGGAGCGGUGCAUCACCGACCCCGAGACAAGCCUGUGCCUGCUGCCUCUGAAGGAGAAGAAGCGGGAGAGAAAGACCUCCUCCAAGUCCUCCGUCCGCAAGCGCCGGGUGGUGAUUGUGGACCCAGAGACUGGGAAGGAGAUGUCCGUUUACGAAGCCUACCGCAAGGGCCUCAUCGACCACCAGACCUACCUGGAGCUGUCGGAGCAGGAGUGCGAGUGGGAGGAGAUCACCAUCUCCUCCUCCGACGGGGUGGUCAAGUCCAUGAUCAUUGACCGGCGGUCGGGGCGGCAGUACGACAUCGACGACGCUAUCGGAAAGGGCCUGAUCGACCAGUCCGCCCUCGACCAGUACCGCGCCGGCACCCUCUCCAUCACAGAGUUUGCAGACAUGCUCUCCGGCAACAUGAGCGGCUUCCGGUCAAGAUCUUCCUCCGUGGGCUCCUCGUCUUCCUACCCCAUUAGCCCCGCCACGGUAAGAACCCAGCUGUCAUCAUGGAGCGACCCGACGGAGGAGACGGGUCCAGUCGCUGGCAUCCUGGACACGGACACCCUGGAGAAAGUGUCCAUCACAGAAGCCAUGCACCGCAACCUUGUGGACAACAUCACCGGCCAGCGGCUGCUGGAAGCCCAAGCCUGCACCGGCGGCAUCGUCGACCCCAACACCGGGCAGAAGUUCUCCGUGACUGAUGCCGUCAACAAGGGGCUGGUGGACAAGAUCAUGGUGGACAGGAUCAACCUUGCCCAGAAAGCCUUCUACGGCUUCGAGGAUCCAAGAACCAAGACCAAGAUGUCGGCGGCGCAGGCCUUGAAGAAGGGCUGGCUGUACUACGAGGCUGGGCAGCGCUUCCUGGAAGUGCAGUACCUGACAGGCGGGCUGAUCGAGCCCGACGUCUCGGGCCGGGUCUUGCUGGACGAUGCCUUGCAGAAGGGCACCAUCGAUGCGCGCACGGCCCAGAAGCUGCGGGACGUCAACACCUACUCCAAGUAUCUCACCUGCCCCAAGACCAAGCUCAAGAUCUCCUACAAGGACGCCAUGGACAGGAGCAUGGUGGAGGAGGGGACGGGCCUGCGCCUGCUGGAAGCUUCCUCCCAGUCCAGCAAAGGCUACUACAGCCCCUACAAUGUCAGCGGCUCCGGCUCCACCUCCGGCUCUAGGUCAGGCUCUCGAACAGGAUCCAGGCCAGGCUCCAGGCGAGGGAGCUUUGAUGCCACCGGCACCGGCUCCGGCUUCUCCAUGACCUUCUCGUCCUCCUCCUACUCUUCCUCCAGCUACGGGCGCAGAUACACGUCGGGUCCCGAGAGCGCCGUGGAUGCAGCUGACGUGGCUCUUGCCUUGUCCGGCCUAAACGGGAGCUGUGGAUGGGAAGCAGGCAGGAAGCUUUCUGGACUGCAGGGGCCAGCGCUAAGCGUGGCAUAAGGCCCCCUCCCUCCGGCUCCCCAGACCCCGGCUGAGGAGCUCCCCAGCUGUCCUGCUCUGCAUGUGAUAAAGCUACCGGCUAAUCCUCCUACUAUUAUUUUUUUAAUUUUUAAACUCCACUUCUCUUCCAAAGCAGUGCCUAAAGUUUAACCAAAAAGACUCGACUAAUAUAUAUUAAUAUAUAUGAUUGUUCUGACAGUAUUUGUAUAUUGCGAGACGAGAGAGAGAACACACUACCCUCCCAGCCCAGCCAGCCCGGAGCUCGCUUCUGUCCGGACCGUCCGCAGAGAAGACGCCAGCUCCCGCCCGGCAGGGCCCACGCCAGCUGGCCGCGGCAGGCCAGACCCAGCGCCGCGCCGCAGUUUCGAUCCUAACCACCCAGUGACUUUUGUAUUAACUCUGCCGGCUUCACCCCCUGCCGCCCCGGAGGAGGAGACGACGCUGUCCCACGCUCUUAGACCCGCGCCCUCCUGCGCUCCGUGAGCCAGGGAGAGGCCGACCGUGCCCUUGGACUCGGCCGCCCCACGGCCUCCGCCAGCCCCGGACAUUCAGACACCUGUGCGCCCGCUCUGGAUCCCUUUCUGGCCCGUGGCAAGGCAAGGGAGGGGGCCGCUCUCUGUCCAGACCUGCCCCCCUCCCACGACCUCCUCGGCUUUGCCCCCAGCCGCGGCGGACUCGGCGCUCAGACUACGUCUUGUUCCAGUCCCAGAGAAGUCCCUGUGCCACUGGGAGAGUUGCUUAGCUGGGUCUCUGACGUUAGCAAGACGUGGAUCAGUUCAAGGGGAGCCCUGGAUGCAGCAGCUCCGCCGCUGUACUCCUGCGCACAG